CCCAAAUGCCAGCGCAAGUAUGGAGUUUCUGCUCAAGUCACCAAUGAAACUUGUACUUUUAACAGCAUGGCUCUCGAGUGUGAUGGACCCAUGCAGCUCCUCUGACAUCUGUGAUUCUUGUCACCCACAAGCGUCAUGCUCGGCGCACAACGGAUCCAAUCAUGCCUGCUUCUGUAACAGCGGAUAUACCGGGGACGGGACCAGCUUCUGCAUUGAUGACAACGAGUGCCUGAACGUGACUAACAUCUGUGGGGACUUGGGAAACUGCACGAACACGGAGGGAAGCUACUACUGUACAUGUGUGCCUGGAUACAAGUCCACAGGCCCCGCCCACUUCCUGCCCAACGACGGCACCCACUGCAUUGACGUAGAUGAAUGCUCAUCGGGACAGAUUUGUGGACCCAACUCCCUCUGCCAUAAUACAAAUGGAUCCUUCUAUUGCACCUGUCAGCGUGAUUACAUUCCCACCUCAGGCACCAAGCGCUUUCAUCCUGACAGGGGCGAAUCGUGUGCAGAGCAUCCCCAAAAAUACUGCCAUGACAACAGCGGCUGCAUAACAAAGACAGUCAACAAAACACUCGAAUAUCUGACUCACCUGAAAGAGCCGGAGAGUGCACUGCAGGAGAUUGUGAAUCGGACAUCGGGCGAGCUCACGUCAGUUGAAGUCAUAGCAUUCGUAGAGGCCCUCAGCUGGUCCACUUCUGCCCUGGGAACCAAAAACAGCACUGUAAAACCAUCGGCUAUCAACUCCACCCUGACUAAAUUAGUGCAUGCUGUGAACAAUUUGGUGGAGAAUGAUGAAGCCGUGGCCUGGAGCAGAAUCAAAGAGGAGCAGCGAGAGCUCUCCCUCACCAAACUGUUACACACUGUGGAGGACAGUGCACUGAGGCUGGCCACCGGGUACCAGAGACCCACAGAGCUGCAAGUCAAAGCCAGUGACAUGGAAUUAAAACUGGUCACAUUCGAAGCCAAGAAGACUAAAGCCAAACUCUCUGCCACAAUGGGAGGAGAUGUGGUGAAUCUGACCCCGAAAGUAAAGCCCAAGAAUGAGAGAAAUGGCAGUGUAUCAGUGGUGUUUGUGAGGUAUGACAGUGUGAGCUCCCUGCUGAAGCCCUCCUCUGACCCUGGCCUCACAGACUACUCUCGAUACGCAGACACCGGGGAAAUCACUGUCAACUCUCACGUGGUCGCGGCCGCCGUCCAGCCGGCCCAGGUCUACCAGUUGGACCACGUUACCUUUACUCUGCAGCACAAACAGCUCAUAGAUACCAGCGCUGACGUGAGUAAGUGUGUGUUCUGGGAGUAUGAGCGGGCCAGUCUGAAGGGCCGCUGGGCCAUGGACGGCUGUUCCACCCUCCACGUCACUCCUAACGCCACCACCUGCUCCUGCACCCACCUCACCCACUUCGCCAUCCUCAUGUCGUCCGGGCGCGCCAAUCUGGUGGCCCACUACACUGUCCUGACGCGCAUCACCCAGCUGGGCAUGAUCAUCUCUCUCAUUUGCCUCUCCAUGUGCAUCUUCACCUUCUGGUUCUUCAGUGAGAUCCAGAGCACACGCACCACCAUCCACAAGAACCUGUGCUGUAGCCUCUUCAUGGCAGAGUUCAUCUUCCUGGUGGGCAUCAACCUCAACAGCCAUAAGCUGUUCUGCUCAGUGAUUGCAGGGCUCUUGCACUAUUUCUUCCUGGCGGCCUUUGCCUGGAUGUGCAUCGAGGGCAUCCAUCUGUACUUAAUCGUAGUGGGUGUCAUCUACAACAAAGGCUUUCUGCACCGCAACUUUUAUGUUUUUGGUUACGGCAGCCCGGCGGUGGUGGUGGCCAUAUCAGCAACAAUGGGAGCCCAGUACUAUGGCACAGAUAAAAUGUGUUGGCUAAGCACAGAAAAUCACUUCAUUUGGAGUUUUAUUGGACCAGCAUGUCUGAUUAUUUUGGUGAAUCUGUUGGCUUAUGGGGUGAUCAUGUACAAAGUGUACCAGCACACAGCAGUGAAGAAGCCUGAAGUCAGUCAUUAUGAAAACAUCAGGUCGUGUGCUCGCGGGGCUCUGGCUCUACUCUUUGUCCUCGGGGCCACUUGGACAUUUGGAGUUCUUCACAUCCUCCAUGAGACCACGCUGACUGCCUAUCUGUUCACUUUUACUAAUGCUUUUCAAGGGAUGUUCAUCUUUAUCUUCCUCUGUGUGCUGUCCAGAAAGAUCCAGGAUGAAUACUACCGCCUGUUUAAGAACGUGCCGUGCUGUUUUGAAUGCCUGAGAUGAAACAGAGCCUGAAGAUCUUCCAGCAGCACUUGUGCAGAGGAGUCAACACUCCAGCUCCACAAUAUCCUGUGACUCAUGUUUUCCUUCAGGACAAAGUGUGGGACGAGUUGUGUUGUACAGACACACAAAUAUCAUGUAGCAAUUUACAGUCAUGCUUCAACAACGUCUUUAAGUGCAUGUCUUGUAUUCAUGUCAAACAAAUGUGGAAUAGCUAAUACGUGUAUAAUUUAUCUUAAAGAUGUACCUUGCUCUUUCCUGUUCAAAAAUGUAAAUUAUUUCUAUGGAAAAUAAACUUGGUAAAAUGUAAAAUUAUUUUGAAUUCAUGAAAUAAAUAAAGAAACUGGAAGAUUGAAAACCAAAUGCCACAGGCCACAAAACAUCGUAUAACCCAGUUAGUUGUGCCAUACUGCCAUCUACUGGCUAAUUAAAAGAAAUAUUCCAGUGUCACAGUCUAUUGAUACUUUGCAGCGGCAUCUAGCUGGGGGUGCUCUCCAUGUAUCUCAAGGGCGGAAUGUUCAGCAGUUACCAUGGUGACACAAUGUACACAUUAGCAAACACUGACAAAAAAGUUUAAAAUAGUCUGAAAAAAAUACAAAAUGGAUUUAAACAACACAUUUUCAGGAGUUUAUGUUCAAUACAAGCGUUCAUGGUCCUGUUUAGGUAUUUGAUUUUCAACAAAAUGGUGAAAGUGACUAACUGAAAAAAAAAAAAAAAAAUUGGUUAAUGCUUUAUUUGUGGGAGACUUGUUUAAAAGCAUAAAUCAUCUCACCUGUUGUAGUUCCAACCAAGUCGGCGUUUCUAGUCAGACUGUGUUAGAAUAAAGCUCAGAUUAAGUCUAACGUGAGUAUCAGAGCUUCUAAGAGAGCAGUGCUUUCAAAGUUAGCUUCACACCCCCAGGGAAUGUGAAUGACAUCAGAUGCAAAGUAUCACUUUGAGUCUUAUCUUUAUUAAGAGGUGAAGAAAAAGUACAGCAAAAUAAUGUGCUCAGAAAUGUCUGUAAAUUUCCUUCAGCAGAAACAAAAGUUAGUGAUUAAAUAUUUUAAAUUUGUUUUUGUUUUGUUUUUAUCUAAAAUUGGGUCACUUCAAGCUUUCAUGGAACAAAUUUACAAUCAAAAGAGCUUACUAAUCAUUUCUAUACAAGCUGAUUAGGCAAAACAAAAAUGCAUUCACACGGCCAGUUUUGUUAAAAUUAGAAGUUAUAUUUAUGUUCAGAUUCACCCAAACAUUUUAUAUAUCUGCUUUAUGUGCUAUUUUUGUUUGUUUAUUUUUCAUGUUUCCAUUCAGCUAUAAAUGUUUCAGAACCCUUGGCAGUUUAAUCCUCUCAUCAGCGCCUUUGAAAAGGUCUUUGAAAAAUGCUUAGGGCCCCAGUUGAAUUUUCCCUUUACUUUUAAAUUCCACUUAUGAACAAACUAACUGUGGAAAGAAACUACAGCUCCCUCUAGUGGACAUUUUAUAGAAGUAAACUAGUAAGGUAAAAUGUAGUUCAGUAUAAAAUGUUGCUUUUCAUGCAGUGUAAGGAAGUAAUUCAGCCUGUGGUUCUCAAAACAAUUUAAAUCAAAUAACACCUAAAGAUAUGUAUGUGGCUUUCAAGUAUUACUAUAGAUAAACCUGGACUAUAUCAGACAUAAAAUAGGGCUAAACUUGCUCUAAAAUACAGCUAAAUCAGUUAUAAAUGAGAAUAUGGAUAAGAUAAUAUUCAUAAAAAUUUAACCCAGGAGAACAAAACAGGAAUAAGCCUGUCUCUGUAAUAAACAAAUAUUCAAACUGUAGAGUCAAACCUGCCAAGUGGUACCCUCUAUACCACAGUUUGAGAAACACUGUAAAAAGCUAUAGUCAACUUCAUGUGGCAUAGUGUAGCCAUGCCAAUACCAUGUUUUUAAGUAUAAAUGUUGUUACUGACAUCACUUUCAAAUGACAAACACAGGUUUCUUUAAAACUUAGAAAACUAUCUUCUAAAGUAUAGAGCGUUUCAGAACCAGCAGCACUAACCAAAUGUUGGCUCUCUAUGGGACUGACUAGGUAUUGUCCAAACUGCAUAAUUCUUUUUAAAAAAUGUCAUCAUCUUUGAUUAUUUUGUAAUUCCUCAAAUGCU